CUGAAUGAAUUACAGCUGUCCAUGAAUAGACUCAAUGGCAGUGUACCAGUAGAGAUACUUAGCCUUUCCUACCUAUCCAAUUUUAUUAUGCUUUCUGACAACUUCUUGACUGGAUCCCUUCCUAUUGAGGUUGGCAGAUUGAGAAACAUAAGAACCCUCCUUCUGUCUCACAACAAGCUUUACGGUGAGAUCCCAACAACCAUCAGCGGCUGUGUGAGCUUAGAGGUGCUCGAGCUUGAUGAUAACAUGAUCCAAGGAACCAUUCCUCCAUCCUUGAGCAACAUAAGAGGGCUUCAGAUUCUUAAUCUUUCAAACAAUUCGUUAUCAGGAUCAAUACCUCAAUCUUUUGGCAGUAUGAAAGGCCUCCAAGAGCUGCUUCUUUCACACAAUAACUUGUCAGGGUCCAUACCCAAAGUCAUGGAGGACAUGACUGGUUUAAUAUACUUGGAUCUCUCCUACAACAAUCUUCAGGGUGAGAUACCCAAGAAGGGCAUCUUUUCAAAUGCUUCUGCCAUCUCAGUCACUGGGAAUCCCGGCCUUUGUGGGGGUCUUUCACAAAUUCACUUGACUGCAUGCCCUCUCAAAACAUCUGAGAAGAGAACAAGGUGGCGGCUCUUGCUAACAGUUGGUACACCAAUUGCUUGCUUCAUCCUUUUUUCAUCCUUUGCUUUUCUUAUUUACAAAAGGCAGUCCAGGAAGAGGGCUUCAUCCGAAAUCUCCAUGAACUCUCAUUUCCCAAGAAUUACAUAUGGAGAUUUACUCAGGGCCACUGGUGGCUUCAGCGAUGAUAAUCUUGUUGGCAGGGGAAGACAUGGUUCGGUGUAUAAAGGAAUUCUGGAGACUCUCAAUACUACUACUGUGGCUGUCAAGGUGUUCAACCUUGCAGAGCAGGGGGCAUCCAGGAGUUUCUCUUCGGAAUGCAAGGUGCUGCGAACCGUCCGGCAUCGCAACAUUAUCAAGGCCUUUACCUCCUGCUCAAGCAUUGAUUCCAGGGGCCAUGAUUUCAAAGCAUUGGUCUACGAGUUCAUGUCUAAUGGAAGUUUAGAGACAUGGUUACAUCCACAAACAGAGGAGGAGCAGCACAAGAGUCAAAGUUUAACUUUCAUCCACAGAUUGAGCAUAGCCAUAGACAUUGCUGAUGCGUUGGAGUACCUCCAUGAAGGUUGUCAACCACCAAUGGUGCAUUGUGAUAUCAAGCCUGGCAACAUCCUCCUUGACAAUGAGAUGGUUGCUCAUGUUGCAGAUUUCGGUCUAGCAAAAGUGCUCUCUGGUUCCUCUCGAGCAUCUUCACGUAGCUCCAUUGAUAUCAGGGGAUCCAUAGGAUAUGUUCCUCCAGAGUAUGGAGUUGGUGGUCAAGCGAUCACUUCUGGAGAUGUGUACAGUUACGGAAUUCUUCUCCUUGAGAUGUUAACAGGGAAGAGGCCAGCUGACGACAUGUUCAAAAAUGGUCUGACACUCCGCAAACUGGUUGAGAUGCAAAUUUCUAGUGAAGGAUUCUUGAACAUAGUAGAUCCUCUAAUGCUGUCACAAAACCAUGCAAGUAAGGAGGAAGAGUGUUUUGUUUCUGUGGCACUGGUGGGUCUUUCAUGCUCAAUUGAUUCUCCUUAUGGGCGACCAAACAUCGCUGAGGUUGCAACAAAAAUGCAUGCUAUCAAAACUGGUAUAAAAAAUUAAACAUCAGAGAACUCCUUUCAGGGCUGCUCCUAAUACUGGUUAACCUGGAGAUGCCCAGGGUGUUUUUUUCUCCUUUAUGUUUGUGUGCUCUUUUGUGCUAGUCCUUUUUUUUUCUAUUAAUGCUUUUUUAUGUCUGUUGUUUCACAGCUCCCACAUCUAGUGGAUUGUUUUGUUUUUUA